AUGCAGGAAGAAGAGUACGACUUGUAUGAAGAUCUCGAGCCGCCUCUUUCUCUACAGCAGCAGCAAGAUCGGAAGAGCGUCGUCCCGCGUAUUUCGUAUUUCUUAGGAGGAGAGCGAGAGAGAAAAAAUAUAUUUUAUAUGAGAAAAGAGAGACCUCUCUUUUUAGCAGCGCCUUCGAUAUCUGCGGCGUCGUCAUCGCUGUCUCCGUCAAAUUUGUUGAUUGUCUCUCAUUUGCCCUGGUGGUACAACGACGUCUCUUUGCGGGAUUCUGCGGUUGUCUUUGGCCGCGUUGUGGGUUGUCGUGUUUUAGGAGAUAAGACAGGCGCCAAACCCUCAGGAGUUGGUUUGGUGUUAUUUGAGGAGGAGAGUCAGGCAGCAGCAGCAGCAAAAGGGCUUGAUACAGUGGUUUUUGCUGAGGCUUCUUCUUCUUCUUUUAGAGGCCGUCUACGCUGUCGGCUGUCGUCUUCAAAUUUAUUUAACUCUCUGCAGGCAUUAAACCCGCACUGGGCAAGGGGAGCGCUUCUUCCCAAACAUAUCCGCAACGCUAUCUUUGCAUGCGUUGGUUUAGGCAGCGAACCGCUGCAGCAGCAGCAGCAGCAGCAGCCGCAGCUGCAGCAAGAACAACAGACUAAUGCGCAAUCUGCAGCUGUAGCGGACUUAUACGGAGGGCGGCAUCAGCAGCAGCCACAGCAGCAGCAACAGCAGCAGCAACAGCAGCAGCAGCAGCAGCAGCAGCAGCAACAAGGCGAUUCUGCCCAGCCGAAGACAGGCAUAACAGCACUAUUUCCUUUCUUUGACCCCUCUGUACUACAAAUCGGAGAUGCUGCUGCAGAAGGCAACGGCAGCAGCAGCAGCGAACAUGAGACCAGCAGCAGCAGCAGCAGCAGCAGCAGUAGCAGCACCACCAGCGCACAACCUAAGGCGUCUGCUAGCAAGAGGGCUAGGAGAUCCAGAGCGAAAAGACUUAGAGCAGAAGCUGCUGCUGCUGCUGCUGCUGCUGCCGGCAGCCCGUUAGAGUGGCAGCAGCAGCAGCGAUGGAUGGAGCAUCAGCAGUACCUUUACCAUCAGCAGCAGCAGCAGCAGAUGCAGCAGCAGCAGCAGCACAUGCUGCCUCCUCACCCUUAUCAGCAGCAGCCGCAUAUGAUGCAGCAGCACCCGCACCACCUGCAGCAGCAGCAGCAGCAGCAGCAGCAGCGGGUUGUGAUGCCUCGCGGGGCAAACGCUGUGCCUCUCGGUUCUCGCUCUUCUUUUGCUUCAACAUUUCAUUCUAUGAACUUUUAG